AUGCGACGGGGCCCGAUGGUCAGCGAGCCUGUUACAGUGUACCAGUCACGUUCGGCCUGCAAGGGGGGAGGAGACGAGAUGCGCGCCUCCAUUCUUUUGACGAGCAGAAUGCCCGGCGGUCUGGAGGGAACAGUACAAUUGUAUUAUCGUAUUGGUCCGACCGCCGGAGCAGGUGAUCUUAUCAUAUCUGAUGCCUGGUUGCCCGCCUGCGUAGGAUUCAGAAUCCCGGUCGCCUUGCCACACUAUCCUUCCCCCCACCUACACACCACGCUUUGCCCUGGUGAACUCCUGCAGUCGAAGUCUUCUUUGCAGCAAGGCCAGGGCUUUGCAUCGACCGAGCCCGCCCGAAAGCCUCCUCGAUUUGAUUCGAUCAACGAUUGGCGUGGAACAGGAUAUUACGGAGUACAUCAUUGCAAUUCCUCUCGGACCGUCUGGCGCAGCAACUCAGCGGGUGCCACACUGCCUUUCUGGGCCACGGGCGUUUAG